AUGAAACUUUUUCUUGAUAUCUUUACCGGUGAUGAAUUAUGCAGUGAUUCAUAUCCCAUCAAACUUGUUGAUGAUGUUUAUUAUGAAGUUGAAGGCAAAAAUAUCUCACAAAGUAAUGAUAUCGAUGAUUCAUUAAUCGGUGGUAAUAAAGCACCUGAAGGUAGUGAAGCAGCUUCUGAAGAAGGUGGUGUUUCAUCAUCAACAGUAACUGGUAUCAAUGUUGUUAUGACUCACAAAUUAGAAGAAACACCAUUCGAUAAAGCAAGUUUCAAAGAUUGGUUGAAAACAUAUUCAAAAAAACUCAAAGAACAUCUUCAAGAAAAUGCACCAGAUCGUGUACAACCUUUUACAGCUGGUAUGACCAAAUUGGCCAAAGAUAUUUUAUCAAAAUUCGAUGAAUAUCGUUUUUAUCUUGGUGAAAGUAUGAAUAUUGAUGGUAUGGUUGUCCUUCAAUAUUAUCGUGAAGAUGGUUUAACACCUAUCUUCAUCUACUUCAAAGAUGGUGUCCGAGAAGAAAAAUACUGA